GCCUCGAAGCUAUAGAAUCUAACUAUCAAUACACACUAACAGAUACCAAUUUCGAUAUUCAAUUCAUAAAUCAUACCUACCUACCUACUUUGACAAAAACCGAUAAAUAUUACUUCACAAUCAUGGCCACCGCAGAAACCGUAGAUCUAGGGCCUGCUCAUCCCCCUAAGGAGGAGUCUAUCAAAGCCUUCGGCGAAGUCGAGCACGAGUUGAAGAAGCAACUUCUACAUAUGAAACACACCUACCUAAAGCACGAACCAGAAUACUUCGCAGCCGUACAGGACCUCAGCGACGGGGACCUGACCUCAUUCACUUCCUCCGACUUUGAGGAGGUCCGCGUCGGUAUCUCGGCGUACGGCCUGCACCUGUUCGGCAAAGUGCGCAUCCCGGCCGCGUCGGACGCCUACAUCCACAUCCGCCUCUUCAUCGGCGGCGACGGCCACGACGAACCCGGCGUCGCAACGCUACAUAGCAUCCACACUGAAGAUGCGGAGGAUCCCGAGGGCGGAAGGAAGUACCGCGCCAUCUUUACCAAGGAUGACCCGCUGGAGUGGUUUGACACCUAAUCGCAUUCAAUUUCCGGGUUAAUGUGUUAGAUUUAGGAUGGUUAUGGCAGAUUAACGAGCACUGAAUGAAUGAACAAAUAAAUGCAGUAAUGUGAUAGUUCGCAUCAAAUCGGG